UUCCUAACAUAGAUUCAGUGAUUCACAACGUUAUUUUUUGUUGCAAGCCAACAACCCCCAUGUCCUCCCCAACUCAUAAAACAUAACGAAAAUUCCUGUCUUUUUUUUCAGUCUCACAGAGACAUAGCACUGAAACACUUAAAGUUCUUACAAAAAAUGGCUUCUUCUCUCGCUUCUCCUCUCUUCCUUGCAAACCCUAUUUCCCAUUUUCGAAGAAGAGCUUUUGCAGUCUCAGCUUUAGCAGAGGAUGGUAGAAGUAGUAGUGCUAUUUCUUCUCAGCAAUCAACCAAGUUGGUCACUUUUUUGGGAAAAGGUGGAUCCGGCAAGACCACCUCAGCUGUAUUUGCCGCUCAGCAUUAUGCACUGGCAGGGCUUAGUACAUGCUUGGUGAUACAUUCACAAGACCCCACUGCUGAUUAUCUUUUAAACUGUAAGAUUGGAACUUCUCCUGUCAUAUGCAACAACAACCUUUCAGCUGUUAGGUUGGAAACCUCUAAACUGAUUCUUGAGCCUCUCAAUCGAGUAAAGCAAGCAGAUGCCCAUCUUAAUAUGACCCAAGGAGUUCUUGAAGGGAUUGUGGGAGAAGAGCUGGGAGUGCUUCCUGGAAUGGAUUCUAUUGCUUCAGCAUUCGCACUUGAGAGGCUUGUAGGAUUCUUAAGUAACGUGGACCAAAGAAACAACAAAAAAGAUAAAUUUGACAUAAUAAUAUAUGAUGGUAUCAGCAAUGAGGAGAUCUUACGGAUGAUAGGUGCAAGCAGUAAAGCAAGAUUGUACUUAAAAUAUCUCCGGAACUUGGGUGAAAAAACUGAUCUUGGGAGAGUGGCUGGUCCUUCACUCAUUAGACUUGUAGAUGAAGCCAUGAACAUACGUGGCAGCAGGUCCCUUCUGAAUGGGAAAAUGAGUGCAGAAAUAUGGGACACUUUGGAACAAAUGUUGGAGAGAGGAUCAUCUGCCUUCUUGCAACCACAUAAAUUUGGCUGCUUCCUGGUGAUGGACCCAAACAAUCCAAUCUCUAUCAAUUCUGCAUUACGUUAUUGGGGCUGUGCAAUCCAAGCUGGUGCACAGGUGUCUGGCGCAUUUGGUAUUGCUCCUCCACAUUUGGAUGAAGAGUCAGUGGAAAGAGUCAAGCAAAACAUUUUUCCCUUGCCUUUUGCUUUCAUCCCACAAGUCCAAGUGGAUUUCCCUCUCAACUGGAAUGAAAUCAUGCUCAACACAGUUGGUAAAGAUGCAAAGAAUCUUCUUUCUCUGCCAGCAAGCCACAACAGCAAUAUAUCGUCAGUAAAAUUUGAUCCAGCCAACAAGUCCAUAACCCUUUUCAUGCCUGGUUUUGACAAGUCCGAGAUCAAGCUAUACCAAUAUAGGGGAGGAUCUGAGUUACUGGUGGAAGCUGGGGACCAAAGACGUGUCAUUCAUCUGCCUUCAGAGAUUCAAGGAAAGGUGGGAGGUGCCAAGUUCAUGAAUAGAAGUCUUGUCCUCACAAUGCGGUAGUGUAAUUACAUUGAGAAGAUUUUUCCUUUUUCUCUACUGAUGUGUUUCUGUUUCUGAGAGAAUGUCCCUGCCAAAUGAUCAUAAUUUUUGGUUUAUUACUUUUGAGCAUUUGGCACUUGGAACAAUUGAUCAAUGUUUUGAUAUCAAUAAAUAUGCAUUUCACAUUGCAACCA